AUGUUCCAAAUUAUGGAUGAUAUUUCUUCGUCAAAAGAAAAUAUUAAAAUUCAGACAGUUUCAAAUGAAAUUGAGAAAAAAGAUGAAUUUGAAAACAAUGAUAGUAAACCUGUAAAAUUGCAAAGAGAAUUCGGAUUAUUUGCAAUAGUGUGUUAUAUUGUUGGUUGUAUGAUUGGUUCUGGCAUCUUUAUUACUCCUGCAUCGAUACUUACAAAUACUGGAUCUCCAGGAAUGUGUCUAGUAGUAUGGAUUGGUUGUGGACUUAUAACUAUGAUAAAUGCAUUAGCAUUUGCUGAACUUGGUACAAUUAUACAACGAUCUGGUAGCACUUAUGCAUAUUAUAUUGAAUCAUUUUCAAAAUUACAUCCAUAUUGGGGACCAUUACCGGCUUUCUUGUAUUCAUGGAUAUUAUGUGUGAUAUUACAUCCAUCAGGAUGUGCUGUUCUGAUACUAACACUUUCUGAACAUUUAUGUGAAAUACCUAAUUUAAUAUUUGACAUUAAUGUGGCAGAUUUGCAUACAUACAGUACGAUGGUAUCAAUUUUUGUACUAGGGCGAAGUACGAAUAAUUUAAGUAAUGUGUUCGAUGGAAGUACAACGAAAAUGUAUGAAUUAGCACUGGCAUUUUACAGUGCGCAAUGGUGUUAUGAUGGAGCGACUGCAGUAACAGAAAUAACAGAAGAAAUAAAGAAUCCAUCAAAGGACAUUCCACGUAGCAUUUUAAUUGCUAUUCCAAUAGUGAUAUUCUUAUAUGUAACAAUGAAUGUAUCUUACAUGACUGUAUUAACAUUAGAUGAAAUGAAAAAUACCACAACGACAGCUGUAUUAUUUGGUGAAAAACUUCUAAAAUCAUUCAGUAUAAUCAUUCCAACAUGUAUUGCAAUAUCGUCAUUUCAAAAUGCACUUGGUAGUCAAUUUGGAUCAACACGAUUAUGUUAUGUUGCAGGCCAAGAAGGUCAUAUGAUUAAAUUAUUAUCAUAUUUAAAUGUUCAUUGGUUUACACCAAUUCCAGCAAUUUUAUUUCAGGCAAUUAUGAUUCUACUUUGUAUUUUAUUUGGGAAUAUAAAACUAAUAAUUGAAUUUGCUGGAUUUUUGGUGAGCAUUUUUAGCGGAGGUGCUAUGGUAUCUUUGAUUGUAUUACGAAAAACUAAACCAGAUGUGUAUCGACCAUAUAAGGUAUGA